GGUGUCGGUGAUAUACUCAGCACCCACCAAAUCUGAACAGCUGCUGUAAAGAUACUACAGAGGGAGCAGAGUGGAAGUUAAUUAUUGGCAUGCCGAUCAAUUCUCCGUAUCAGUGACGCACUAAUCAGUACGUCACUGGUGGGACAGAUGCUCAGUUAUUUUUGGUCGGCUGCACUUUAGCAGCAGAUUUUUGUUUUGCCUCCCCCUGCUCUGCCCGCCCUCCCAGGUGCUCAUAUGUUAUACCCAGAGAGCACAUUGAGUGUGUGUGAUAGAGAGAGAGGUGCGCCGUGAGCGCGCGUGAUGGGUCGGUGUACGGCCGGUGUGCAGGAGGUGCAGGAAGGAUGCUGACCGAAAAGUGCACAGCUGCUCCGUCCAACUGCGCCGCGCCACAGGCAGAUAAUAAUAAGUAAGAUGAGGUAUAAUCAGCUGCUGUGUUGUAGUACAAACAUCAACAUGCAAGAGUCCGGACGCAUCGAGUGCGACCGCCUCCUGUCCUGACAGCCCAGCGGCGCGUGACGGAGACGUCCCCCCUCCUGUCCGCGACGGGGUUAACCGACGGGGUUCUGCGUCCGUCCUGCGGGCUGGCUGGGUCGGCCUGUCUCUGGACCAUAAGUCGAUCUUGAUCGCGUUGACUGGUGCGCGAGACAAAUAGGAGCCUGAUGCUUUUCCCCUAUGUGAAUUUGUGAGAUCACCUUUGCGGUUCACCUUGGAAAUUGGUUGGGGGGAAAGUAAACGCAUGAAAGGUUGAUGGAUCGCAUGCAGCAGAAACAACUCAGCACUGACCCUUGUGGGCCCAGAGCGCAACCUGGACCCUGUGCAAUGAUUGGAGCCGGUCCAGGUUUACCUCCACAGCUUGCGAUCCAGGAUUUACCUCUCAUCAGCCCGUCAGAGGUGCUCAAGAAACAGUCUGGAUUUAGUCCCGUCGCACCCGUGAAAGUGACAGAACAAAUGCAUUCAGGGCUCACAAAGUCUGGGUCCGCUCCAGCGACGCUGACAAGCAUAAGCCGGCCAAGACCAACCGCUCUUGGGAGUAAACCCGGUCCAAAGCCGACCAGAAUCUCAGUGGACCCGUCCAAGGAAAUAGAUUUAAUCCCAGUUUGUAUCCCAAGACCUCAGAGUGCCAACGUCCUGCAGCAUUCCCCGACAGAGUCCUCCUUCCCUCUUCACAGUCCUCAGAGUCCUCACAGCCCUCAGUCUUACACCAGCCAGCCUUACCUGAGUCCCACUCCCAGCCGGCCCCAGCCUGGCCCGAACCUACCUGGCAGCCUCAGCCCCAAACCCAGCCUCAGUCCCCAGUCACAGAGGACACCCUCACCCGGGAGCUCGACACAGAGCCAAGCGCAGUCCGAGAAGUCUGGAGGAGAGAAUAAUGACUUCAGGGUGUAUAUUGUCACAUGGAACGUGGGAUCGGCUGUCCCACCAGAUGACAUCACUUCUCUGUUUGGACCAAAUGUUUCAGAUGGGAGCGUUGACAUGUUUGUCAUCGGACUCCAGGAGGUCAACUCCAUGAUAAACAAGAGGCUGAAGGAUGUUCUCUUUUCAGACCAGUGGAGUGAGCUCUGCAUGGACACACUCAGCCCUUUUGGAUACGUUUUGGUUGCGUCUCAGCGCAUGCAGGGAGUGCUGCUGCUGGUUUUCUCCAAAUUCUGCCAUCUUCCGUUCCUCCGAGGUGUGCAGACAGAGAGCACACGCACAGGACUUGGGGGAUAUUGGGGGAAUAAAGGGGGUGUCAGCGCGAGGAUGACAGUGUUUGGCCACCCAGUGUGCUUUCUCAACUGUCACCUGCCAGCUCACAUGAGAAACCUGGAGCAGCGGAUGGAGGAUUUUGAAAGCAUCCUGCAGCAGCAGCAGUUUGAAGGAGGAACAGCCACUGGUGUACUCGACCACGACGUUGUGUUUUGGUUUGGAGAUUUAAAUUUCCGUAUUGAAGACUAUGACAUCCAUGUGGUGAAAUGUGCCAUCGACAGCAACAAGCUGCCUCUUCUGUGGGAGCGGGAUCAGCUCAACAUGGCUAAAAACACAGAGUCCAUCCUGGAAGGCUUCAUGGAGGGACCGCUUAAAUUCCCACCUACUUAUAAGUUUGAUGUGGGCACUCAUACGUACGACACCAGUGCUAAGAAGAGGAAACCUGCCUGGACAGAUCGCAUCCUCUGGCGCCUUCGACGCACCGGCUCCCCAGUUCCUACCCACAAUGCAGCACUGCAGCGUGGUCUGACCUCGUGGUUGGGUGGGGCAACUAAAGUGACGCAGCACACAUACCGAAGUCACAUGGGCUACACCAUCAGCGACCACAAGCCUGUCUCUGCCCUGUUUUCCCUUCAUUUCCCAUUUAAAGUGGAUAUGCCCCUGGUGGAGCUGCAGGUAAACAAGGAGUGGUGUAAAGUCUCAGAUUCCACAGUCAGGUUCACUGUUGCAUCAACUUAUCAGCGCAGCACAUGGGACUGGGUAGCAAUAUACAAGGUUGGAUUCAGACAUCACAAAGAUUACCAGGCUUAUGUGUGGGCCAAGGGAGAGCAUGCAACACAGGUGGGUCAGAUACUGAAACUCACAAAUGUGUUUUGUGCCACAGCUGAACUCGCUGCUGAAUGUUUUUUUCUUUCCCUCUCUCCCCAGGUGACAUUUUCUGAGGAAGAUUUGCCAAGAGACGACUGUGAAUAUAUCCUGGGUUACUACAGCAAUAACAUGAACAGUAUCGUUGGAUUGUCAACACCCGUUCAGAUCAAGAUACCAGUCCACAGCCCCACCAUGCAUCGAACUGACAGCUCCGAUGUCAGCUCAGAAGAUGACAGCACUCUUGUCCUGCUAGCUCCAAACUCCCGCAGCCCAAGCCCUAAAACCGGCAAGCACCACCAUCGCCACCGGCGCAGCCGCAGCCCUGCGGUUCCCACUCUUUCCUCCAACCCCCUCCCCUCCUUGCAAGGCCUUAGCCUCUGUCCUCGCUCUAAAGAAAGCCAGUCACGAAGCCGCUCACCCUGCUCUGCUGCUAAGAAGGAACGGCUGGUCUCCCCUGACGCAGUGCCGACGCCCACCAUCAGCCCGCUCAGUCCUCGCAGCCCCGUGUCCCCAGGUAGUGGUGUGACUGCACCGGAGGCCCUGAUCGCUGCCAUCUUAGGCGAACACAGACCAGCUCAGGUCAGCCCCACAGGGGUCAAACAGAUAGGGAAAGCAGGGGAAACAGACACUGCAUAGAAAUAAACAUCAGUAGUUAAGGCAGGUACUGUGCAAGAAGAACCCAUGCAUUCAGAGUCUGAUCUGACUCUGUCACUGUCACUGUGCUCAUAGAAGCAGCACAUUUAAUGACUCCUAAUGUAGUUUGCAAACAUUCCACAUUGUAGCCCUGCAGUUCUCUGUUUCUGAAUCUACCAUCAUCUCAUACACUGUGUGUAUCUUGGAGUCAAAGAUGUGUCCAGACUCCUGAUGACAAGUGCUUUUAUAGACUCAUAAGCUAUAUAAUUGUGCAAACAAACAUAUUGAAUGUGAAACCAAAGUCAGAGUAAACCUGUGAUGGAUUGGCAGCAAUAUGGAUCAAUGUAAACAGUCUUCAAUCAAAACAAGGACCCUGGACCAGAAGUAUUGAUGGUAUCAUAGUUCACAGUGGAGAGAGAGACUGUUUGUGUGUAUGUGUGUGUGUUUGUGUUUGUGUGUGGGUUUGUGUAGGCCUAUGUGUUAAAACAUAAAUGUGUGAAACAUGCAUUUUGGACCAGAAGAUGAUUUCAAAUUUUAACUCUAUAGUUCUCGGUCUGUAUUCAUGAAAUCAGUCUAAUGUAUCCAAGAAUAGAGACAGAGCGUUUUACCGCCUCAAUCAAUCUGAAGUGUAUGUGCGACCAUGUGACUUGAACAGUAAUCUUAGAUCAAUGCUCUUACUCUUAGCAGCUUUGUGAAUACAGCCCCUGUUCUAUAGAGCUCAGUGAGUGGAUGUUUAGACUAAUGUGAUCGUUUUGCUUAAAGGAAACUACUGUUAUUUAUCUGUGUGAGUGUGCAAAUAAAAAAAAAACAGAACAAGCAGAAAACUAACCAGAGAAAAUGCUGUUUGUUGGAUAAACACAAAAAAUAGCAUUUACAUGACUCAAGUCACAUAAUGAUUUGAGUCAGACUAGAGUUAUAAAUUGAAUGACUUUUGACAAAAUUAAAAAAGACUUGCAAUCAAAUCAGUGACUUCACAUUGACUUUUAACCCUCUGCACCAAAUCUGACUGUUGUUUAUAAUUCCUGAAAUGGCAUUUAAGAUGUGGGCUUGACUCAGGACUUCCAAAAUUUGAGACUUACUUGUGACUUGUGACAAAACGCAGACUUUGUCUCAUCUUUCCAUGUGAGUGUAAUCUACAUACAUAUCUUUUUAUUUCUGUGCCAUGCCAAUACAUUUGGCCCAUCCCAACCAUACAUCUUCUUCCGCUAAAGCAUAUACAAAGCAUGUGGGACAAGGGAAAGAAAAUAAACACACACAAAACACAAAAUCCCAAAUCAACUAUUCACAUAAAAAAUUUACAUACUGACUGAUUCAAUAAAGAGAUUUUUUUUCCCUUCUCCCAGAUAACCGGCUGCCUUAUGACUAAUGUUUCAUAUGUGAACAGAAAACUCAGUCUGUGCAUUAUUACAAAAUCAAUAUCUACUUUUAUCUUCAGUUCACAGUAGAAAGGACAGCAGAAAACAAAAUAAAACUUAUUUUUAUAUCAUUCAGGCAGCACAUUGGACAGAUCUGCUUUUCUCCCUCUAGAUUAAUGUAACAUCUGGUUUCAACAGUCAGGUAAAUACCAGAUCUCAGCUGAGCACAUAGAGAUUUGGCUUUUUAAACAAACUGAAACUCUGUAUCAUAUUCAGCUUUUAUCGUCAUAAAAAUAUGAAAUUUUGGCUUUUCAUUAUUAAAACCCUGAGUUGAAAAACAAUGUGCACACCUACAUGUUGUACUGCAGGGGUUUAGAAGUGUUGUGAAAGAGAAGGAAAAAUGUUCUGUGAGUUGGAACUUUUCUACAG